UAAGGGAGUGUGGGAUGCGCAGAUAAAAAGUUAUGCGCAUAUUUCAUUCCUUUUCUUUUUGUUUUUUUUCAAAGUUGUAGCGUUUUCUUUUGCUUAUAUUUUUGCUGCUUUAAGUUGGAACACGCAGACGCCAACGUUUGAGUGUAGCGUUUAAAAAGAAAUUUAUUACACAUUCUUUCCUUUUCUUUUUCUCACUAAGUAUUUUAAUUUGUGGGUUGCUUUUGAUUCUUUGUUUGCUUUCAGGGAGUGGUGGAAGGUGAUGUUUUUACAUAAACAACAGAGAUUGUUUUGAGUGUUCAUUUGGGCUUCUUAUUGAAUAAUUUUGGGUUUUGGCAGUUCUGUUGAUCCACAAGGUUAAUAAAGUUUCUCAAUUUUCAAUAAUUUUUUUUGGGUUUAUGAGAACGUUGAAAUUUUUGAAAGAUUCAAUCUUUUUUCUGCCCCUCUUUGAUCACAUUAUUAAAGUAAGUUUUUCGUCUACAGAGGUGUGCUUGAGUUUUGCUGACCAUGUUCUUGUUUUUUGAUUCUUAGUUGAUAGAGGGCGGCUAAGUGGUAACUUUAGAUGACUUGAUAGAUGAUUAUACCUUGUAGUUUUGGCGCCAAUUGAGAGCAUGAGUUGAGCUGGUUAUCUUUUAUGUUAGUACAUGAUUUUGAAAAAAACUAAUUUGCUUGAUAGAGUAUGAGCUCUCAAUCAACUGAACUUACCCCAAGGAUGGCGAUAUAUGAGCAAUUCCACCAGAUAAGCAGGUGGGGAGACACCUUCAAUGCUGACGUCAGUCCAAGUACUGGGUCAUCAACAAUUGUACAGGUGGAUGCUAGGCUAGAAAACAAGGCUGAAUAUAUAUCUUGUGAGCAAGUUGAACAUUCCAGAAAUGAUCAAGAAACAAACAAACCGGCUUAUAAGAUACAAAGACGUUUGGCACAAAAUCGUGAAGCUGCUCGUAAAAGUCGUUUGAAGAAAAAGGUCUAUGUUCAACAAUUAGAAUCAAGUCGUUUAAAACUAGCUCAGUUGGAGCAAGAGAUUGAAAGAACUAGGCAGCAGGGUAUCUACAUAAGCAGUGCAUCAGAUACUGGUUAUUUUGGACUGUCUGCAACUGUAAACCCAGGGAUUACUGCAUUUGAGAAGGAAUAUGGAUACUGGGUUGAAGAGCAAAAUAAACAGAUUUGUGAACUUAGAAGUGCACUCCAGGCACACAUUACUGAUGUAGAGCUCUGCAUACUGGUAGAAAGUGGCUUGAACCACUAUCGCAAUCUGUUUCGCAUGAAAGCAGAUGCUGCAAAGGCAGAUGUUGUCUAUUUGAUCUCAGGCAUUUGGAGAACUUCAGCCGAGCGUUUUUUCCACUGGAUUGGAGGAUUCUGCCCGUCAGAACUUUUAAAUGUUGUCAUGUCACAAAUUGAGCCCUUGACUGAUCAACAACAUUUGGAGGUCUGUAACCUUCGACAAUUUUCUCAGCAAGCUGAAGAUGCUCUUUCCCAGGGAAUAGAUAAACUCCAGCAGGACUUGGGCCAGAGUGUAGCUGCUGACUUCAGUUCGGGAAACUACAGAGCUCAGGUGGCGUCUGCAAUAGAUAAACUGGAAGCCCUAGAGGGCUUUGUAAAUCAGGCUGAUCACCUUCGCCAGCAGACUUUGCAACAGAUGGCUCGAAUCCUUACAACCCGACAAGCAGCUCGAGGCUUACUUGCCUUGGGGGAAUACUUUCAUCGUCUACGUGCUCUCAGUUCGCUUUGCUCUGCCCGUCCACUUUGAGCCUGCCUAGUCCACGAACUUAGAGCACCAACAAUCUAUCCACACUGUAGUCACCAGAAGUUCGUUCUUCAACCAGUAAGAAAGUAGAUUUUCGGAGGUCUUGUUGUAUGAACUACAAUAUAUAAAUAUAUAUAUAUGCAUGCUCAUAAUUUUUCAGAGAAACUUGUUGACCAUAAAACCUGUAAAUACGAAUCCUUAUGCCGUGUAUGUCAAGAAGAAUUUUAGGUCAUUAAAGUUAGAUUUACUAUUGUUUUAUCGUACUAUAUUGUUUGGAAGCUGGAGAAUUAUACUAGCAAGCAAGUGAUUAACUUAUUUUUUUGUCAUUUUUUUUUUUUUUGCGUUAUUGAAGUUUGUGGGACA